AAAAAGGUAAUUUAAUAAGUUUCAUCACAUAACAUCACAAGUGUUAUGGUGUCCCAACACACGAGAGGACACACGACUUAUACCGUCGGUGUCCACACACAGGUGAUGACAUAUGACGAGCCAUAAUGUUGGUGUCACAACAAUCCUUACAGGAAAUGGCAGUUAUUAUCUGUGUUCCAUCAUACGUCAGAGGACACAUGACAGUUAUAAUAUCGGUGUCCCAACAGACUUCAAAGGACACGGGACAAUUCAAAUGUUUGUUUCCAAAGACGCAUUAUAGGACAUUGCUAGUGUUGAUGUCCCGACACGCGAGAGGACACGGGAUAACUAUAAUGUCUGUGCCCUUAUAAUGGUGACCAAAUGGAAAGAAAGUUGGCUUUAUAUCCUUCUAUUUUCUAUAUUUUAUUCACAGCCUAAAUUUGUAUUUAUUUAUUUAUACAAGAGUUCUUACAUUCAUGUGCAGCCACUAACUAGCGCGCAUAGCGUUUCGGGCAUACGCCUCAGAAGUUGACAAGUGAAUAAUGUUUUAGCGUCGUCCAGAUCGACAUUGCUGGAGACUGAAGAUUUAAUUAAAGCUGUGACGUAGGUUGUUUACCAGUGUCCAGACCCGCCCAUCAGACUAGAUCAGCCAAUCAUUGCACGCCUUUCUGAUGACGUCAUCUCACCUGCCCAGAAGGGAUUAAGAUAAUUUUGUCAGUAUUGUAAUAUUCUUUAAGAUUUGUCAACUGUGAACGAUCGUUGGAUAGUGUCACUAUUAACUCUAUUUCCUUAUUUGUAAAUAUAUGUAAAUAUAUUUGCAGACACACAGAACAAGUACCGUGAGACGUGAGUGGGCAGGAGGAAGGUGGAGGGAGACGCCAUGUACAUAAGAGAGAGAGUAUCUGAGGGAGCCUCACUAAGGCUCGAGCUGCUAACCGCCACCAGUAUCUGUUCCACGCCUGCCACACCUCUCCCACGCCUUCAACACCUUUCCCACGCCCACAUCAUCUAUCCCACGCACACAACUCUAUCCCACGCACACAAUACCAGUCCGACGAACCCGUGAAGUGGCCUACGCCCAUCACCUGCCUGUGAGAAUCCAGCAUUGCUUGAGGGAAGCCGGGCGUGAGGGGAGCAGUGCUGGUGUGGCAUGGUGGUGAAGGUGUUGGUGUUGCUGCCUCUCAUCAGUUAUGGUGCCUCCCUCGUCCUGCCCCUCCUCUCAGAACCCCUGGACCCGACUAGACGGGAGAGGUCCUUCACAGCGCCGGCCGCCCACGACGCCUCCAUCUCCAGCGACACCUCCCGGAUGGUCCGCUGGCUGCAGGGGCUGAUGGGAGACCAAUCUGAAUCCCUGGACGACCCUGGUGACGACCACCUCUCUGCCGCCCCUCGCCACAGCCUGCCUAGCAGCCCUCGCCACAGCCUGCCUAGCAGCCCUCGCCACAGCCUGCCCUCCAAGAGAUCAGACGGGAAGGUUCCCACCAUGGAUGUAGGCCUCGGUAAGAGGUCGUCUUCUUACACCAAUUAUUUUAGCUUAGGUGUGCUCUCCGACAUGAGGAAGUUCUUCAAUGAGCUGCGGACCAACCUGGAGAGUGUGGAGGAGGUUGGUGCACUGAGCCAGGACCAGGGCGGGGUGCUGGACCCGGCUCACUUCCUCACUCUUCUCGCCAAGCACGGAGCUCGGCUGGAGAGUUGGGAGGACAGCAGGAGGCAGCAGCCACACCUCCUCACCCACGGCGGGCGUCACAGGUUUGGUUACUCGAGUGAUGACCAGCCCUACGCCCACUCCGGCCUCGGCAAGUAGGUGGACUAGGGCGACCUGGCGCUCCACCUGUGGAGGUGGACGCCUGCCUCGCCUCCUCCUCCACCCGGAGCCACACCUUUGUACCACACAACAUGCCAGCCACAGCUUGGCCAAGAGCUACACACAAGCUGCGUGGUACACACAAGGUGUGCUUUUAUGGUACACACAAACUGUAGUCAUGUAGUAUAUACAAGGUGAGGUAAUGUGGUACAAAUAAGAUUUUGUCUUUAUGUGCAGGACACACCAGGUGUGGUCGUGCAGGACACACCAGGUGUGGUCGUGCAGGACACACCAGGUGUGGUCAUGCAGGACACACCAGGUGUGGUCGUGCAGGACACAC